UCACAAUAAACAAACUGCCACCUGGGCAUUGGUGACCGACAAGUCAGCCGCGAAUUUUAUCAAUUGGCGCAAAUCCAUCCUGCAUCGAACAGACGGUUGAAUGCGUUUGAUUCAACACAUGUAGGAAUAGGUGGACCGAACCUUACAGCUGAAACUUCAACUAGGAGUUAUUUGCUUAUUACAGUAUGAAGCGGAUCAAAACUCUUGAACAUGUCGAGGAGCCGCAAGAGGAACUCUUACCUGAGCGUGUCACUGAGUCACCCGAGGACUAUACUGCGGCUGCUAACAUGGCGCUUACUGGCUCCGGAGAGACUUUCAAACAGGGUAUGGAUGACCUUAUAAAGAAAGCGGCAGCAAAAAUGCAUGUUCCAGCCGGGGCGGUUAUUGCUAUGGUGGUUGGAUUUAUUCUGUUUAUCCUGCUCAUCCUCUUCUGCGUAUGUAAGCGUUGUGUGUUCAAACGACGCAAGAAGGAUCGCAGCGCAAAGAAAAGCAAGGCCGAUAUACGAAGUGUUCAGCUGCUGGGUAAGGGACUGACAAAGGAUCAGGGUGAUUUAGAAAGUCUUGAGGCCAAUAUGGAAGACAACGAAGGUACCGGACAGAAAGAAGAGGUCCAUCUGGGAAAGCUUCAGUACUCCAUUGAUUACGACUUCACUCAAGGAGAACUGACUGUUGGUGUGAUCCAAGCCACAGACUUGCCAGGAAUGGACAUGUCUGGAACAUCGGAUCCGUACGUAAAAGUGUUCCUGUUACCCGAAAAGAAGAAGAAGUUCGAGACGAAGGUUCACAGAAAGACACUGAACCCCGUAUUUAACGAAACGUUUGUAUUCAAGGUUCCGUUUGCGGAAGUGGCGGGCAAAACACUUGUGUUUAACGUUUUCGACUUCGAUCGAUUUUCGAAGCAUGAUCAAAUCGGACAAAUUCAAGUACCUCUCGGAUCCGUGGAUCUGGCCAGAGUGAUCGAAGAGUGGCGUGAUCUAAGUCCACCGGAUGACGACGAAAAAGAGAAUCGAUUGGGAGACAUCUGUUUCUCUUUACGUUACGUCCCGACGGCUGGAAAGCUGACUAUCAAUAUUCUUGAGGCAAAGAAUUUAAAGAAGAUGGAUGUUGGUGGAUUAUCCGAUCCUUAUGUCAAGUUAUCGCUCAUGCUCGGAGGAAAGAGAAUAAAAAAGAAGAAGACGACUAUCAAGAAGUGCACACUGAACCCGUACUACAAUGAAUCCUUCGCAUUUGAAGUACCAUUUGAGCAAAUACAGAAAGUAUCACUGAUUGUCACCGUCGUGGACUACGAUCGGAUCGGUACCUCAGAAGCCAUUGGCAGAGUGUGUCUUGGAUGUAAUGAGACGGGCGCUGGACUUCGCCAUUGGUCAGAUAUGCUAGCAAAUCCGAGGCGUCCCAUAGCGCAGUGGCAUACCCUCCAACCGAUGCCGGAGAAGAGUUAGCCUCAAGAAAUCAGGUGACAGACGUUGGUGACCCAUUUCCUCGUCAGUAUCUCAUCUGUUCAGUCAAACAGAGCACCAAAACUCCUGCAACAGUUCUCCAUGAGCACAGCCUAACAUCAGUGUUCAACAAUAGUGAUGCCGUUAUGGCUUAACUGGUAAUGGAAAAAGUAACAGCGAUUAGAUUGACCACUGCGAUAAGCAGGUAUCUGAGAGAUCGGUGUUAAAUAUUUAAAUGUUCCUAUCCAAUGUCCUCGUCUCCCACUAUCAUCACCCCCAUAUCUUUUGAUCAGUCGACGUCAGCUCAUACUUAUCACCGCAUGAACAGCCGCAAUGUGUCCACUGUUGAGUCGAAGAGCAAGGUACCUUUAUUUUUAAUCUCCUUGUCAAUGCAGAACGCAUCCCUCAAAAAUCUACUCAUGUCAAGUUUUGAUGUGCGUUUCAUAUCUACAGUCUCGUUUAUUCUCGUGUUGUUUCAAUCGUGAUGCACAGACUGUGUUAAACACGCCUUCAUGGUUUUAUUCGAUGCACAAUCCAGUCGCUUGUAGUCGGCAGCAUUGUUAUUAACAUAGUUUUUUCUGACCGAUG